UUUGAUAGUGAUAACCUUAUAGUUUUGAUUCUAGAAAGAACAUUAACUCUACAAAUGUAAAAAGAUCUUUGUCUUGUCACUAGUCUCUGUAUUUAUAGAAAACAAACAAAAAGUGGUGGAGCCAACUCGCCAAGGAGUUAAUUAGAGUGAGUCAGUGCGUGCAUAUAUAAAUACUGGAAGGGAUAGAGAGAAAACAGAACACAACAUAACGCAAAGGCAGAUCAGAAGAACACUUAGGUUUCAUAAAACAGAGAGAAGGAGAUUUAAGAUAUACUUCUCUUUUCUAGCUUUCACUUAUAGAAAAAAAAAAGAAGAAAGGAUGAGUUUGUGGGGAGUGAUGGGAGCAGGAUGGGGAAUGGUAGAAGAAGGUUGGAGAAAAGGGCCUUGGACUGCGGAAGAAGACCGUCUUUUGAUCGAUUAUGUGCGUCUUCACGGUGAAGGCCGAUGGAACUCUGUGGCGAAGCUCGCAGGAUUGAAGAGAAAUGGCAAAAGCUGUAGGUUAAGAUGGGUUAAUUACUUAAGACCAGACCUCAAGAGAGGACAAAUCACUCCUCAUGAAGAAACCAUUAUCCUUGAGUUGCAUGCUAAGUGGGGCAACAGGUGGUCAACAAUUGCUCGUAGUUUACCUGGAAGAACAGAUAACGAGAUCAAAAACUACUGGAGAACCCAUUUCAAGAAGAAGACAAAAUCUCCAGUUAACAAUGUUGAGAAGACGAAAAACAGAAUCUUGAAGAGGCAACAAUUUCAGCAGCUAAGACAGAUGGAGAUGCAGCAAGAACAACAGUUGCUUCAGUUCAACCAAAUCGACAUGAAAAAGAUCAUGUCUUUACUAGAUGAUGACGAAAAUAACAACAGUGGUGAUAAUAACUUCAGUAGCAGUAGUAGCGGCAGUAGUGGCGAAGGCGGUGCCUUCUAUGUUCCUCAUGAGAUCACACACUCAACAACUGGUUCUGGUUAUGACCCAAAUGGCAAUGGGGUUUUCCCGGUGCCAAUACCUGAGGCUAAUGUCAACGAAGAUUUCACCGUUUGGGAUGGUUUAUGGAAUCUUGAUUUGGAGGGACAAGAAAGCUUUGGUGGUGGUGCUUGUUUCCCAAGGAAGCACUGUUUCCAAAACGUGUUUAUUCCCUUCUGUUAGCUUGAGCCUUUAAGUGUCUUACCUGCCGGAAAAUGAAAAAAAUAAAACUUGACUGACAAGUUAGGUCGAGUUUGAGUUUGGUUUGGUCUUAUAUUUUCUGAUUUUCGGUUUAACAUAAGUUGUUCUGUUAGCCAUUGUGUGUGGAUCUUAUAAGAAGCACAUUUACGCAACGCCAAGUUAACGAACGAGUGAUGUAGUAGAAAGUCUGGACGAAUUGUGUGUCAAUUGUAGCACAAUAAAAUUCAAUUGAAACAAUCAAAUAAAAAUAUUGUUACUUGUAAA